AUGUUGCUAGUCUAUCUUCUAUUUGCAACGCAAUCGAGUGCGUACAUCAAUUCGAACACAAGAACAUUAAGAACAACAAGGAACUUUUUAUUCUCAUUCAGUAUAGGCAAUGAAGGCCUUUUAAGCAUUGCGACAACGAACACCAAUAUGACAACGCCAGUGUAUCUUGGACUUUGUGAAAGAGGGAAAGACUACACAGUGAUGCCGACUGCGACUGACCGAGAAAAGUGUGAAAGACUUAAAAGUGUCUGUGAUAUAUACUCGUUUGAGAAUAAUAAGCCACAAGUCAUCCCACAUAGUGGAGUGUAUGACUUUGCAUUGUUGUCGUGUAACAUGUCACAUGUAUUCACGUUUGCAUAUCAAAUUCAUGUCACCAAUGGGAAGAGUGAGUUACCAAUGAACCAAAUAGGAUCACCACAACUGUAUUUGGCGCUCUUAGUCGCGUUCUCGUUAUUGGCGAUUGGGUAUAGUGUGUGGUGGUUUUAUCACAAACAACACUUCCAACAAGUUCACGCAGUGCUUUUCGUCGUGUUGGUGAUCUAUGUGAUGAGGUGUUUAUUCUCUAGUGUGUAUUAUACAACAUACAACGGCACUGGCCUACCAAACAAUUACUUCUUCUAUCCAACUGCAAUUCUACACGCAUUCACAGACUAUACCCCACUCGUGUUGUGUUGUUUGGUAACAAUGGGGUUUGGCGUGAUCUUUCGUUCUCUUCUCAACAAACAGACGCAGCCAUUUGUUGUGAUUUUACUUGUUUAUCUUGUUGUCUCGAUGUUCUCCCACGUCUUCAAAGACAUCAGACUGAUGGUUUCUUUGAUUGGACUCUUUUUCAUUCUGCCGAUCACAGGGAAGUUCGUCGCGAUUAACAAACACUACCUGACGUUAUAUAUUCUGUCCGACACCGUUCCCAUCACAUCAGUCGAUAUGCUCAAGUCGAAGAUCACAAUUGUGCAGAUGUGUUACUUCCUCGUGUUUUUAAGACUAGUGCUCAUCACACUCUUUGACUUCACACAAGAACUCUCGAUAUCGAACAAACCAUUUGUCUCAACCGUUUUCUUUGAAAUCAUGUUAUUGCUUGUGACAGUGACUACAGUCUAUUUACUUCGACCAAGACCCGACGUGUUCAGUGAUAUCGAGUUGUUGGAAACGAUUGCACCACCGCCACAACCACGUCGACAUUACGAAGUGAUGAAGGACUUGGAGCAAAAAGUGGACUCUGCACAGAUCCUGUUCUUCACAUUUCCAACAUCAACAACAUUUCAAGACCAAGACACUGCGCCGAUAGGAAUUGCGUAUGCGCAGUAA